AGAGAGAGAGAGACGAGAGAGAGGAGAGAGAGAGAGAGAGACGCGUAAAUCGCCGGGAUGCUGAGAGGCGCACUAAUUGCAAGGGUCAUCCCCUAGAUUCAGGCGCGACGCGAAUCGCUGGAGGUAACUGGGCGACGAAAAACCGGUUGCCGAUGUGUAAUAACAACCAGCAAGAAAUUGGAAGGUUCGCCGACCUAUCUCUCUUUCCUCUCCUCACGCUUCUUUUUUCCUUCUCACGCUGUCGUGCCGCGUUAUUCGACCAGCCUCUGUCUGUCUGCGGCUCUUGGUAGCGCAUGUUUUAUCUCCUUUGGAUUUAUUUCCCAUGUGAUUUUCUGAGAAGCGUCUCUCGAUAAGCCUCGUUUCAGGAGUCCUGAUUUAAAGGGCGCUUUUUCAGGAAAUUGACACAUUGAAGAGCGGGAACGAUUCUUAAACCACGAGUUCUCAAACUACAGUGCGUAUUUCCGUUUUCAGAGAAUCGACAAUUAUCAUGUUGCCGCAGCGAUUGCGCUGGCUGCUGCCGGUACUAAUCAUGUCUUGGAUGAGCCUGCAGUUAAGUGCGGCUCACAACGAACGUUCGCACGUGGCUGCGGAUACGUUUGAUCCUAGCGCGGCCGCUUUAACAAUGACCCGCAACGAGGACCACGACGGACGCGCGCAUCAUCCUCCGAAGGGCAAAAACGAGACGCAAUCCAACCACAAACUGGUCGCUUCCCCGGCCGGACUUUUGCGGCCCGACAAGUUUCAGUUUUAUACUUACGACGACAAGGGCGAUAUGAUUACGCGGCAGAUGACCGCUCAGGAAAUUCAAGGUCUCAUCGCGGCAGGUGGGGCGGAUCACAUAGCGAUGGAUAGGCAGGAGCCUCAAAAAGCUGACGAUGUCCUGACAGGCGGCAAAAAGGUCAUGGAUGUGGUACAGAAGGUACAGAACGUGCUAAAGAGCGCACUCGAUAAGCCACCGAUCUUAACGGGUUCGAUACCGAAGAUUCCGGAACACGCGAACGUCGAGUGGAGCAACAUUCUACCUUCGAUUCUGUCUGGCGAGGCGGACGCGAUCUCCCCGAACGGCGAGUCCAAUCAAUCGUUCCACAAGAUUAAGCCGCAGAAGGUGGAAACCGCAGGUGCAUCGAAUACCGGAACGGGCGUUUUAAUAUCGAAACCACCGACGACGAAGAAACCACCGGCGACGUCGGACGUUCAGACGAACGCGUACGCUGGUUUCACCAACAACAUGCAGGAAAAGCCUCAACCGAGCCAUCACUCACAACAAACAACAACAAUCACCGAGAAACCAAUGAUACCAGUUCCGGUUAUCACCCUGACGGAACAAAAGCUAUCCACGGUGCAGUCCACCGUUACCGAAAGCCCCAUCUUCCAAAUGCUCAGCGUGAUUCCGGUCGAGAGCGUCGCGACUAAGGGAAGCUCGACAAUCUCGCCUAUGCCUGACAUUAGUAUCACGAAUUCGGCGAUCACCCAGGCAUCUGUUCAGACCGAGGAAUCCCUCGAUCAGACGGAACAGUUUAUCGAAUUGGCUCUGACGAAGGUGCCGGAGGGCACGACGUUCCCGCAACUGACAACCUUAGACAUGUAUCCUGUAAGCAUCACGAAGCAGACGACCAUGAAUAACAAAGUAGGCCAAGGGAUCGAGGUCUCGAUGACCACGCCGGGCGUAUCGACCGAUUCCUCCACUACGAAGCUUACGCACAACAACGGGCCCGGCGAAAUGACGAACGCGCCCGACAAGAUCUCUUCCUCCAGCGCGAAUUACAUUCUCGUGCAGAGCAAGAACAAUACGAAAAUAUCCGACGAUUCUGCGCUCGCGUCUGUCGUUACGGAAGGAUCUCAGGCGAGCGGCAUGACGCACAAUGACGAUGAAAUAAUUCCACAAAUCAACAUCCUCGCUAUCCCGGCGCCGUUUUCCCACGCGUCAUCGAGACCCGAGGAGGCGUCAUCCAACGUAAUCGCGCCGCACUCGUCAUCCACGCUCGCUUCCGUAACGAGAAUCAAGGCCCCGACCGUCCCGACGUCGUCGCAGCCGUUCACCAUCAUCUCGGAUCAUUAUCUCAGCGAGGGCCUCUCGACGGUUACGAAAGGCUCGUCGAGCUCGGCUACGCCGGCUUACGUGGAGCAUUAUCUUAAUCCUCUGACGACCGAGAUCCAAUCCCCGGCGCCGAUAGAACCGUUACCCACGCAGCUAAUCGACUCCUUCUCGAGUGUAAUAAAUCAAGUUUCGGAAGUGAAGCCACCUAUCCUGCCGCUGUCGCCGAAUGAGACGCCGGAGAUACCGAUUGUGAAUAUUAAUUACGAUCAGCGGCGCAACGUGUCCGGCUCGGCCGAGGCCACCUUGGACGAAGAUACGCAGCACGAUGCCGCGGUGUCCCAAGGCUCGAACGAGAAGAAGAAUGUCGCUAAUGCGCAAACAUACGUGACCGUUACCACAGAAAUUCCAUCGCGAGGCACCACUGUCAGGCUCGUCGAUUAUAUCACUCAUCGGCCUCUCAGCGCGACCAACGAUGACGUUUCCACGAAUACUCGGGUCACAGCGACGACGUCAUCCUCUUCGACCAGAAUCGGGAUAACAAAUAACGGAGUAACGGCCAAUAAUUUAGUCACGACGCCAGCCGGAUUGAAAUCGACCGUAGCGAGCAAGAUUUCGGGAUCGACGGGAUCAUCCUCGUCCGUGCAGUUCGAAAAGAUACACGUCACAGCCGCGACUGAAAGUCCUAUGAUUCUUGAGAGCGUUGCCGAGAAAAUUGCACCGUCUUCUUCGAUAGCGCCUGACGCAGCCGCGACGCAAUCGAUGACUACGUCGAUCAAUCCGAGCGCGUCCUCGAAUAAGCCUACGACGAUCAACGAGUACUUUGACAACGCUUUAACGAGCUUGAACUUGAGCGAUCCGGUAUCCGCGAUCGAUCAAGUGUUGAACAUCGCGCCGCUACCGUCCAGCAUCCCGGCGAUCGAGCCGAUCGGUUUACCAAGCGACACAUCGAGUCUUGUAGCCAGUGGUUUGGCGAGUGGACUUAUCGCCGGAUUUACUAUAGGCUCGUCAAACGAGAAAUUCAGUCAGACGGCUAAGAACACAUCGAAGCUUGCUCAGGAAUCCACCGAAGACGUUACUAAAAUAUACGAGAAAAUUGCGGGAUCUAAUCUAAACGAUCAGAGGAAAAAAAAUGUGACGCAAUCGACGCAGGGAACGUUAAUAGAUCCAGUUCGAAACGGUACAUUAAUUUAUGGUGUAUUAACGCAGACGAAAGAAUCAAAUAUGGCAGAACCGACUAAAUUAUCAAGUAGCAGCGAGAAAGUCAAUGAUCCCACGAAAGCACCUUCAUCAUCGUCGGGAAAUAAAUUUUCGAAUACUAAUGAAUCGAAGUUUAAUAUUAAACAGAGUACAACGAACGUGGGAAUCACCGUGAAACCUGAACAAACAACGAUGACGGAGAUUCGAUUGCCAAGCGUCAAUAAAACGGUACUUGGUACAAGCGACGAUCAGAAAAAAACGGAGAUCAGGGAAAAGGUGAAAACGACAGAAGCGUCCAUUGUGAGGACAGACUUAGGUCCCGAAUUAUCUCAAUCAUCUUCUAUGAAAAUUGCGAAUGACACUAGAAACACGGAGAGCAGUAUGAAAAUAGAAAUACUAGAUGAAAAGAAUGAUCCCUCCGCGAAUGCUUCGCCAACAAAGGAGACCAUCACCAUUCAUAAUCCUGUUCCCGACAAUUCAUAUAAUGCAUACAUUGGUAAUACUACAACAAACACAUCUGCUUCGAACGUUACGUCUGACGGUACUAUUUUAUUAAAUAAAAAUUCUACCGAUCCUGCGUUUUCGCAGAAUCCAAAUCGCGUCAAUAGCACAGCUGGAUACAAAGACAAGAACACAAGCACUCAGAAUAAAAAGAAUGAUAAUAACAAUGAUUCUUCUCCUUUGCCAAUUCAAGAACACACCGAAAGCUCGAUCGUUAAGAUUGUAACGCAGGGAUUGACGGGCAAUGUAAGCGGGACCAAGGAAGAUAUUUUUCGACCUGAUAACUCUACCAGUAAUACGUCCAAUCAGAAUGAUAAAAAUUUGGCGCAGCCCAUGUCAACGAUUGGUACACCAACGCAGAGCGACAAGGAUAAUAAGACGGAGAGCAAGAUUGCAUCUUUGAAACAUUCCGAGAGCUCGUCGAAACCUACGGAUGCGACACGCUUGCCAGCGUCGACGUCACCAUCGAGUGUUCCGAUCCAUCAGACGUCGAAACCUACGGUAAAUCAUAAACCGUCGGAGAAGGUUGUUACCAAGACCGACACUGAUGCAAAUGUAGAGGACAAGUGGACGCUCAUAUCGCAAGAAGUCCCGCCAGCCAUGCCGAAGCUUCCAAAGCCGUCAAAGCCAUCGAAGCCGUCGAGAAAACCAGUCCAGACCUCGUCGUCGUCCCCGAAUGAGAACACCCACGUUCGUUCUCCAGGAGCUGGUGAAACAGCCACUCAUCAUCAGGAUCACCAGGAGUCCCCGACGCAGUCCUUGCUACCAUUGGAUGCCUCUCAGAGCGCGGUCGGCUUAGAUGUCACCAUAAGACAUACAAGCCCCGAUAUCAUAAACUUCGCCAAGCUGUGCAACGAGCUGGCCUUCAACUUCUGGGCGGCCACCAAUAAGGGUUUGAGCACCGCGAGAUCGUUGGCGUUGUCGCCAUUCGGCAUGACCAGCUUGCUGGCGAUGAUCUUCCUGGGCGCCCGCGGUCCAACGUCCGACCAGAUGAACGAGGUGCUCGGCUUGGACGACGUCGCCACGUUCAAUCCGCAUCUGGUCUUCCAGAAUAUAACCGACACGGUGAGCCUAGCCCGUGGUCAGGGCAUCGUGAACGCCGCCUUCGUCCGCGAACUGUUCGCCGACAAGAUGAAAGUCAGGAAGCUCAUGCCGUUCUACAAGGAACAGGCCCAGCAAUUCUACGAGGGGCUCGUGGCCGAGGUGAACUUUGCCACCAUCAGCGACCUCGUGCGCAGGAGGACGAAUCUGCUGAUCAGAAAGCAGACUGGCGGCAGGAUCAAAGACUUCGUCAAGACGAACACGGUACCGCUUAGGUCACCUUUAGCGGCGCUCUCCGCCAAUGUGUUCCAGACCGAUUGCAACAGCAGUCUGACCAGCUCCGUCGGCAGAGAUGGCGAAUUGUAUUUCGCGGUCUCGCCGGCAGUCAGACAGAGAAAACUCGUGCCGGUCCCGGCUACGACUUGGCGAUCGAGUGUUCUGGCCGGCUACGAACCCAGCAUCGACGCCACCGCGGUAGCUCUCGGAAACAGCGACAAGCUGAUCUCGACGAUCUUCGUAUUGCCGGGUCAACAGGGUCACACUGCACCUGGCGACAACCUGGAUCGUCUCGAGCAGCGUCUUACCAGAAGCGCGUUCCGCGACGGUGCCUGGAACAAGCUCCUCAAGGUUCUGAUACCGAGAAGCGGUCUCGAGCUACAGGUGCCCAAGUUCAGUCACAGAUCCGUCGUCAACGCGACCGCUGCGUUGAAGAGAAUGGGCCUCGACGAGCUCUUCUCGGGCAACGCCGACUUCAAGGGUAUCAAUGGCAUAGGUCAUCGUCUCCACCUGGCCGAUGUAUUACAGAUGAAUUUAUUCAGCACCUGCGGCGACGAGAAUAUUCUGGGUGGUCGACAUCACGUGGAAACGUACCCCGCGACCCCGUUAAGAAGGAGCGUCGAACGACGAUUGGAGGAGACCGAUAAUUCCGGCAGCGUCGCUGAAGAAGACACAUCGAGAUACGUAUCGUCACAGGAGGAUAACGUAGACUUGUUCUACGCAGAUCGGUACGGAUUCUACAGAGAGGAACGGCAUCUCUCUGGAUCGUUAGAGAGACCGAGAUUGAAGCUCGACAGACCCUUCUUAUAUUUCGUCCGGCACAACCCUUCCGGCAUAAUACUUCACAUGGGACGUUUUAAUCCGCGAUUGUUGCCUUAAAUAAGAAUUUAUUCUCCGCCGAAUGCCAUCAAUUCGAUCCUGUUCCUUCUAUUCGACAUCCACAUUCACCAACGUUUUUGUAAGAUCGGGAAAAACAGCUGACUCUCGAUACGAUUGCUCAAACGACUCGUUCUCUAAUGGUCGAACGACCCAACGCGACUCGACGUCGUGGUCCACUGUUUUAGAGGAGGUAGGACGCGUACUCGGCAUGUUCUAGAAAAUUUGUAAACAAUUUUACUUAGAGUUAUUACAUAUUAGUUUCAUCGUCUUCACCUAAAGAUAAGAAAUUAUGGCGAUAUCACGCGAUAUCGUUUGCGGCACGUUAAUACAUGUCAAACGGGCCCACGGCACUGACAUGGAUCUUAUCACUUUAUGAUUUAUAUUUAGGGAGUGGUUAAAUGCAUAAAAAUAACAGACUGAAAAACGAAGGAGAAAGAGACGGUACGAAAGGGAAAGAUCUUAAUCGCGGUCCAAAUGAUCAUCAUUUUUAUAAUUGUAUUUCUUCAUUUUUUUUAUGUUCGGAUAAAAUGUGAUGAUUAUACGCGAUCGCCGGCGAAUAUUAAAUAUAUUUUUUAUCGAAUGUCAAUAAUCUAUUUGGACCCUGAUUGACAUUACACGCAUUCUUUUUAAUACGAUUAACAAUUGCGAUAUGUAACUGAACGUUGAAUUUUUUCUUUUGUACAUUUCGUAGAAUUAAUCUGUUAGGGCGCGCGUUCAGUUCAUAUGCACGCACAUUGUACAUGAAAAAUGUAUUUUCUUAACAAAGGAAAAUGUCGAACGGUCGAUGCGUUGAAUAAAAAGCAACAUCUCUCGUUCGUCGUUCUGUUGUUUUUGAAGGAAAACUCCAAGCCGGCUGUUUGGGCAUUACUGUAUUUGUGGAUGUAAGAUAAGAAAACUGCGUUAAGCCGAUAUCGCACAACGUAUCAUAAAUAAUAAUAUGCGAGCGUCUUUCCCAACUCGGAAACCGCAACUGAUAUUCUCAUCGGUGUUGUAAAAUAUAUUGCAAUGUAUCAGAAUACAUAGCAACUAAAGCGAAAAUUACAUUUGUACUGCUGUUACAAAUUCAAA